ACUUGAGGCGAGGGGUGGCUCCUGCAGGGCUUCAAACGGCUGGUUGGUUCCAAUGGCUGAUUCCUUAAAUCCUGCUUCUGGUUUCCCAAAGCCCACCAGAUGAACCCGUUCAGUUUACUUCUGACUUCGAAUCAACACUGAGACACCUUCCUCCUCUGACAGCACCCCAGAACUGUAUCGAGAAAGGUAAUGGUGGGGAUCACGUGACUCUGAAGGGGCUGCGCCGGUGAAGUCUUCCAGUUGUUGACGCUCUGCAAGAUGCCGCAUACUAGUCUCUUCCCCUCCGUGUUGGCUGGCUGCCAGUACCGGUAGACGACCACCACAAACGAAAAUAAGGAGGAGGAUCAGCUAGCCAUGGGGAAGGACGUGGAGCCCCCGCCGGAGCCCUCCGCAACCCUGCAGUCCCAGGAGCCCCCCAAGGAGAGUAUGCAGCUGAAAAAAGACAUCUCCCUGCUCAACGGCGUCAGCCUCAUCGUGGGCAACAUGAUCGGCUCGGGCAUCUUCGUGUCCCCCAAGGGCGUGCUGAUCUACAGCUCGUCGUACGGCCUCUCCCUGGUCAUCUGGGCCAUGGGCGGCCUGUUCUCCGUGGUGGGGGCCCUCUGCUACGCCGAGCUGGGCACCACCAUCACCAAGUCGGGCGCGUCCUACGCCUACAUCCUGGAGGCCUUCGGCGGCUUUGUGGCGUUCAUCCGGCUGUGGACGUCGCUGCUCAUCAUCGAGCCCACCAGCCAGGCCGUCAUCGCCAUCACCUUCGCCAACUACCUGGUGCAGCCGCUGUUCCCCACCUGCGAGCCGCCCUAUGUUGCCUCGAGGCUCAUCGCGGCCGCGUGCAUCUGCUUACUGACCUUCAUCAACGCAGCGUACGUGAAGUGGGGCACUCGGGUACAGGACAUCUUCACCUACGCUAAGGUGGCAGCCCUCAUUCUCAUCAUCAUCACUGGCAUCGUCAAGUUGGGCCAGGGUUACACGGCCAACUUUGAGUCCUCCUUCGAGGGUUCCUCCAAAGACCCAGGCGAUAUCGCCCUGGCCCUCUACUCUGCCCUGUUCUCCUACUCGGGCUGGGACACCCUCAACUUUGUGACCGAGGAGAUCAAGAACCCUGAAAGGAAUCUGCCCCUGGCAAUCGCCAUCUCCAUGCCUAUAGUCACCGUCAUCUAUAUCCUGACCAACAUAGCUUAUUACGCUGUUCUGGACAUGAGCGCUAUACUGGCUAGUGAUGCUGUGGCUGUGACGUUUGCCGACCAAACUCUAGGGGUGAUGAGCUGGAUCAUCCCCAUUGCUGUAGCCCUGUCCUGCUACGGAGGUCUCAACGCCUCUAUCAUCGCUGCCUCCAGGUUGUUCUUUGUGGGGGCGCGGGAGGGCCACCUGCCUGACGCUCUGUCCAUGAUCCACGCGGAGAGAUUCACUCCCGUCCCCGCGCUGCUCUUCAAUUGUGUCAUGGCGCUGGUCUACCUGACGGUGAAGGACGUGUUUCAGCUCAUCAACUACUACAGCUUCAGCUACUGGUUCUUCAUGGGCUUGUCCAUCGCAGGGCAGCUCUACCUCCGCUGGAAGGAGCCUGACAGGCCCCGGCCGCUCAAGUUGUCCUUGCUGUACCCGGUUGUCUUCUGUAUGUGCUCAGUCUUCCUGGUGGCGGUUCCGCUCUACUGUGACACCAUCAAUUCUUUGAUUGGCAUUGGGAUCGCUCUAUCGGGAGUGCCCGUCUACCUUAUAGGGAUCCACCUGCCUGCAUCCAAACGUCCGGCCUUCAUCAGCAAACUGCUGCACUCGGUCACCCAUUUCACCCAAUAUUCAUGUUUCUGUGUGCUCACAGAGCUGGACAAAACUGAUUAGCGCCAAUACAUUUCAUACACUGUAAAACUACUUGACCACGUCACUGUACUACAUUUACCGCCUCUGGCAUCAGAGAUGAACAACCAAAAGGGGAGAAGUUACUACUAUACUUAUUUUCUGUCAACUAUGCUGAAUUCUUCGUACUUGAUUAAAUGGAUGUUUACAAAUAAUAAUAAUAAUAAUAAUAAUUCAUUGAAUUUAUUUAGCGCUUUUCUAGACACUCAAAGACGCCUACAGUGAAGGGGGGGGGACAGGGGGGGACCUCACUAACCACCACCAGUAUGUAGCACCCAUUUGGGUGAUGCACGGCAGCCAAUCGGCGCCAGAACGCUCACCACACACCAGCUUGAGGUGGAGAGUGAGGGAUGAGGUGGAGAGAGAGGGAAAAGAACCUUUAACACUACUAUGGACCACAUGUAAACCCUAUCGACCACAUUUAAACACUAUCGACCACAUUCAAACACUAUCGACUGAUACGAAAUGAUACGGUACAAUUGUGUACACUCCUUUUUAUUAUGUGCCUAUCAUAUUAUCCCAUAUUUCAGUAAUAAUAUAACGAUGACAAUUUUAAAUGUUAGAUAUUUUUUGUAUCACAUCUGCCAAAGAAUAUGCAUUUGACUUGUGUAUGCCACUCGUGGCCUGUUCAGUGCUAUUCAAUCAUGACAUAUGAUCAAGGGUCGGGCAACAACUCAAUUAUAUAUACAUUUUUUUGGAAAUGUAUGCAUUUGACUUUACAAUCGACCAUUGCGAUUUUAGAUAGUGUGCAUCGUGUGUGGUGUAUGAAUAGGUUGAGAUGGAAUGCACGUUUAUCAGAUAAAGUAAUUAAUUGAAAAGGGUUCAGGAUGCUAUAUACAGCUUCCUAGACAAAUGGACAGGAUGAAUGGAUAUUUUCAUUGAUUCCAGCUAUGUAAUAUCGGCAAAAUAUGUUCUCCAGCUGUGCCUACCCUUCUGAAAUUAGUUCUUUACCUUCUUAAAAUGUUAAAUAUUUAAGUUAAUAUAAAAGGGAUUUGUGAUUCAUAAAUCACCUUGGUUUACUCAGGCACCAACCACACUGAUGCAUUUUAUUUAGCAUACUUUAAAUACUGCAAUUUUGUUUGGCUUCACUCUUUGUAAUCUACUAAAAUUGUAUGUAAGCUAAUGCAAUUAAACCAACUUUAAUCUA